GGCCAUCAGGUUGGUGGGCGAUCAUUGGUGGCGACGCGCUGACCUCAGCGCGGCGGCAACCUAUGAAAAGCCGCUUGGCGUGCCGGGAGCUGGUAGGUGUGGCACGUGCUUCAGUCCAGACCACCCCUAAUUGCCCUCACUUACCAUCAUGAGGCACAACCAGACCCGCGCUCAGAAUCCCUCUUCGGUCACCGUUCAGGUGAAGCCAGGGGUUUCAAAAUUGUCACAUCAGAGCAGGGAUUUGGUUGUUCGGAAGCCUAGGCUACACGAGAGGGGUGAAGGGGAAUCCAGCAAGAUGUCAAAGGUCUCCAAGGAGGUUCCGUUUGUCAUACAGCACCAGGAGUUGGAAGCCUUUCUUAAACUCCUCGAUGAUGAGGUGAUUCAGGAUUUCCUCUGGAUGGACAGUUGCUGCCGAAUUGCAGAUAAGUAUUUAUUGGCCAUGGUCCUGACUUACUUCAAACGUGCAGAGCUUCACACAAGUCAGUACUCCAGAAUGAACUUCUUCUUGGCACUGUACCUGGCAAAUGACAUGGAGGAGGAUGAAGAACAGUACAAGUAUGAGAUAUUUCCGUGGGCAUUGGGUGACAACUGGAGGAAGCUUGUGCCGAAUUUCCUCAAAUUACGGCUGGACCUGUGGGCUCAGAUGAAUUACAAGGCGGCUGUCAGCAGGCGAUGCUGUGAGGAGGUGAUUGCUACUAUCCCUUGCCACUAUAUAUGGCACAGAGACCGCCCAGCUCACCACAGCGGUGCAAUCAGAAGCUACCUGCAGAAAGAAACAGUACCUUACCCACAGGGGCCCAGUGGAACACCACCCUACUGCACCCUCUGCAAUCGCUACCGGUGCUACUUGGACCUUGAUUCGGAUUCCUCAUCCUCCUCCCCAGAAAACACUGUCUUGUUGGAUGGCGAUUGGCCCCAAGAUCUGUUGAUACUGUCUCCAUCUGUACUGAUAGACCAUGGAAUAGAAGUGUGUCUUAUGAUAUACACUGGGCUUCGAUGGUGGGAGAGUGAACGUGGUGCGCAAGUGUUCUGUUUUGCAUGGAUGGUGUCAAGCUUCUCAUCCAGGCAAGGAGGGAGCAUUCCGUCACGUUCUGACCUAAACCUGGUAAAUAGUGGACAGACCUUUGGGAGUCGAGAGUCCUACAGGAAGCUUUGGUCAGUACCACACCUGACGGACAAGAUUACAGCUGGUGCAUGUAGAAUGAUGACCGGCGUGCCUGUCUACAGCUGGACCCUUUUUUAGGUUUGACACAUGCCAGCACUGGAGUUUAUUACUUAACCCUGUUGAGCAUUUUUAUGAUCUGAUGCACUUUAUGAUUUUGUUUUUUCCCCCCUGCUGUCUGGCCUUCAGCCCCCUCCCCUUUGAGACUGAGACCAGGAAGGGAGUUGUUAGCAACGGAACUUUAAAUGGUUACACUCAAAUGUUACAGACAUUUGUUUGCAAUUGAAUGUAUAUUUAUUGCUGUGGAAGUGACUAAUGUAUAGAAUAAAUAUUGGCAGAUGAA